AUGCCGUACAGGCUACUCGUCACAAACAUCCCUCUGCGCGUGGGGGAGGAGGAGUUCUACGACUACGUGCGUGCCCACGUUGGCGGAGAGGCGGUGGUGAAUGCGCUGCUUAUCAUGCGACCAGACGGAACGGGGACGUCGCCACACAUGUCGUCCUCCGGGGCCGCGCUGGUGGAUUACUCCGCGAAGAGCGCGGCCGAUGCCGCAAGGCGGGUGGACUUCUACGUGGACGGGGCGGCCGUCAUGAUGAAGGCGGUGGGCUCCGUUCCGGCGCCGGGUCGGCACGCCGAAACGCUCGCCGCAGAAGGACGCGAGGCCUACCAGCGACUUCGGUGUGGCGUUGCGCACGCCGACCGUCGUGGCGGCCGCGGCGGCGACGCAGUGGCGGGGCAGAAGCGGCGGCGCGGAGGUGACAGCGCCGUUGCCUCUGACUCGCCCGACAGGGACGCGACGGCCACUAGCGUCGACGGCGGCGCGGAGGUGGAGCUCCGCCUCGUCGGUGUGCCGCGUGAUCUCUACGGCGCCCGCACUGACGAGGGACCUGCGGACGCGGGGGGUCGGCCGACGGGUCCCCCCGCCUUCGAUCUCUUCGCCGACGUCGCCCGCAGCGUUCGCCGCGCGACGCUCGGGGAGCUGCUGUCGCUGCGACGCCUCACCGACGAAGAGGCGCUUAUUCGAGUCUCCGCGGACACGGCGGCGGCGCUGCUGGAGCGGGCGGAGGACGGCCUCCAGCUCCUCCCAGAGCCCACCGCCGCUGCACAGCAAGCCAAGGAGGCUGCCAAAGGCCCCUGCGAUCACCGCCGCCUCUACGUGCGCCCGUCGCGGCCCCGCGUGCAAAUCACAGGCGAUAACUUCGCGCUGGCCACAAAGCACGAGGUGGUGGGGGCCAUGGCGCGCAUCAUGGCACUCACCAACGCGAAGGUCGCUGGAUUUAUUGACCCCUUCGGCAACUUUCUGCUCCCCUCCGUUAACUGA